CCGGCCCGGGUCGCAGCGCCCCGCUCGGCCCCGCUCCGCUCGGCCCCGCUCGGCUCCGCGGGCCACAGGAAACACCGCCUCUUAUCAGCGCGCAACACACUUCUGCCCGCCGGGGAGGGGCAGGCGGUGCAACUCGGGGCAGAUCUGAGACAGUGAGGGCAGAGAGUGAGGAGUCAGUCUGCUGAGCUGGUUCCCAGUCUGAGCCGCGUGGACGCCAGCAGACACCACGAAGGAAGACAUGAGGCUGUUCUAACGAGCGCCAGCCGAGGGGGGUUGGUGUUCUGGACACGUCUCUUCGACACGAGGACGAGGACAGCGCUUCAUUCAGAGGACCACUCGGGAUUCUUUACUCAAACGUCAGCUCAAACUGACGUUAUCAGAACUUGCCUAGAAGCAGACUUUACUGUGGGAGGAAGACCAACGAGAGGGACAGCAGCAAUUUGCCAGGAUGGACUCCUGGAUUUAUCUGUUUGGUGUUUUACUGGUGGAGACCGUGGCCACCGAGCUCUAUGUUGUUCAUAUGGACCAGGUUAAGUUCGAUGAAGCCCAGGCUCGAUGUGCUCCAGACGGUUUCCUCACCACGCUGUCCACCAAACAGGAGACCUUGCAGGUCUUACAGCUCUUCUCAAGUACAGACGGGUCAUUUAACCUGUGGGUUGGCCUGAGCAAGGCCAAGAACGAAUGUGUCAUCCAAUACCUUCCUCUGAGAGGCUUCAAAUGGACAGUGGAUGGGAGUCAGAAGGCAGCGGCGGUCUCAUGGAGGGAGGAGCCUUUGCCGAUGUGUACAGGGACUCGCUGUGCUGUGCUGUCAGUGGAGAUCAAUAAAACGUCUGUGACCAGUUGGGGUCUGCGUCCUGUUUCCUGCAAAAACAGACAUCCUUUCAUCUGUAAACUGAAACACAGAUACAGAGGACAGGACAAAGAGACAGAACUCCAAAGACCUCCCCUUCAACCUGAAACUCCAUCUGAGGCUAUACCUGAAACUACACCUGAAAUUAAACAUGAAACUACACUUGAAACUACACUCAAACCUCGGUUCACACCAGCACUUGAGUCAGAGGUUCAGGAAUGCCACAAUCCAUUCAUUUCCGGGGCACGCUCCCUAAGCCCUGACCCGGAGAACCCCAGAAGAAUGACCGUGGAGUGCUGGUCUGGAACCAUCUUGAAGCUGACGUGUUCCAGAACCACUGGCAGAUGGGAGCUGAAUGGGUCAGAUAUUGUCGUUUGUUGUGGAGACGGAUACAAGAUGGACAGCAGAGGGAAGUGUGUGGACGUGGAUGAGUGCCGCACCAGUCCCUGCAGAGGGGCCUGUAUGAACACUGAGGGCUCCUUUCAGUGUGUCUGCUACGACCAGGAGGGGAACCGCCACAUGGAGGGCUCCCCCGCCUGUUUGCAACCAAUUGUAGAUCCUCCACAUGCAGGAGAUGACCAGGCCGGCACACAUGACUUCUCUCUGUCUGGAGUUCUUACGCCGGUGCUGAUAGCUGUCGGGGUUCUGGUGGUUUUGGUGGUGGUUGUGGUUUUUGCAGUGAAAUGCUGUCGGAUGAGACGGUCCAAGAAGCGGGGUGUAAAUAAGGCCCAGAAGAUGACCAUGAGGAGUAAAGAAGAGACUAACAAGGAUUCAGUAGAAACCACCAAUGAGAAGGAAGCAAGAUGAAGAAGUAAAGAUGUGAUUUGUGGGAAGUGGAUCAAAUCAAACGCUAGAGUAUCUAUGUGAGGUUUGAGUGACAGCCAGGUGAUUGACAGGUGGAUGUCAUAGAUGACACUCUACUGGUAAGGCAAUGAGCUGCUAUGUCCUAUGCAAUAAUGUACAGUCCUGCUAUUUACAAAAACAACCCACACUUUUAUCCCUAAGCUUAACCCUAAACCUAAGCUUAACCCUAAACCUAAGCUUAACCCUAAACCUAAUCCCAAAUCGAAACCUAACCCUAAACCUAAAUUUAACCCUAAACCUAAACCUAACCCUAAAACCUAAACCCAAGCCUAACCCUAAACCCAAGCCGAAGCCUAACCCUAAACCUAAGCCUAACCCUAAACCCAAGCCGAAACCCAACCCUAAACCCAAGCCUAACCCUAAACCCAAGCCGAAGCCUAACCCUAAACCUAAACCUAACCCUAAACCCAAGCCGAAACCUAACCCUAAACCCAAGCCGAAGCCUAACCCUAAACCUAAGCCUAACCUGUUGAUAUGAUGUGUGAAGGAAAAUGUUUGAAAUAGUCAUGUGACUCAUAGUAGUCUCUAGAUCAUAACAACUGUAUACAGACAGACGUCUGUCUGUCUGGUGGAUGAAGGGAGAGGGAAUGGACGAGUGGCACAACAGGAAAUGGCGGAAUGAGGGCAGGAAAUGGUCAUUCCAGGUCUAUAAACACAUACUGUGUUCAGAGGGAAACCUCAGAGGAUCAUUAGGCAUGUUGACGUCCUCAGACCGAGGACAGAUGUGCAGACGUGAUCUCAGCACUCAAGUUUAGGGAUACAACAGAAAUAAGACAGAGCCACACAGUCACAUGACUCGGUGCAUCGACUGUCCCCGUCAGCUUUUUACAACGUUACGACUUGUCGGGUGUGAAGAGUUUUUUGUGCAACAUUUUCAUGUUCUGUUGUGUGCAAAUCGUUUUUGCUCAACACAUUUUCAUGUUCUGUUGUGUGCAAAUCGUUUUUGCUCAACACAUUUUCAUGUUCUGUUGUGUGCAAAUUGUUUUUGCUCUUUCCUUUUCUCAUCUGAAGUAAUUCUGACUGGAUAUUUUGUUCAACAUCCCCAGUGAAUCCAUAGCGUUGUGUUAGUACAGUCAAUACAGUUAGUACAGUCAGUACAGUCAGUACAGUAAGCACAGUCAGUACAGUAAGCACAGUCAGUACAGUCAGUACAGUCAGUACAGUCAUUACAGUCAGUAGUCAGUACAGUCAGUACAGUCAUUACAGUUAGUACAGUCAGUACAGUCAUUACAGUCAGUACAGUCAGUACAGUCAUUACAGUUAGUACAGUCAUUACAGUCAGUACAGUCAUUACAGUUAGUACAGUCAGUACAGUCAGUACAGUCAUUACAGUUAGCACAGUCAGUACAGUCAUUACAGUCAGUACAGUUAGCACAGUCAGUACAGUUAGUACAGUCAUUACAGUUGUCACAGUCAGUACAGUCAUUACAGUCAGUACAGUCAUUACAGUUAGCACAGUCAUUACAGUCAUUACAGUUAGUACAGUCAGUACAGUCAUUACAGUCAGUACAGUCAUUACAGUCAAUACAGUCAUUACAGUUAGCACAGUCAGUACAGUUAGUACAGUCAUUACAGUUAUCACAGUCAGUACAGUCAUUACAGUCAGUACAGUCAUUACAGUUAGCACAGUCAUUACAGUCAUUACAGUUAGUACAGUCAGUACAGUAAGUAAAAUCAUUACAGUUAGUACAGUCAGUACAGUCAUUACAGUUAGUACAGUAAGUACAGUCAUUACAGUAAGUACAGUCAUUACAGUUAGUACAACCAUUACAGUUAGUACAGUCAGUACAAUUAGUACAGUUAGUACAGUCAGUAAGGUCAGUACAGUUAGUAAGGUCAGUACAGUUAGUACAGUCAGUACAGUGAACUGUAUGAAAUGCCUCAUGUUGUCAAUGACAGUGUGUGUUCAGUCGCCUUGCAUAAUUAAUAAAAAAGUUAAUAAGGUUA